CUGGCGAUGAGGUCAGGCAGGCGGAGCGGGCGCGCUCCCGACCCCAGUGCGAUGGAGCGGAGAGCGGCGGCGGGAGGCCCCGGUCUCGGCCCUAGCCCCAACCACGACCCCGGACCCGCCUCAACCUCAGCCCCAGGCCGCUAUCCCGCGCCCGGCGCCGGGCCGCCCCGCAACGUACUGGACCUGCCGCCCGAGCUGUUGGUGGAGAUCUUCUGCCUCCUGCCCGGGAUGAGCCUGCCCGGCCUGGCCGCCUCCUGCACCAAGUUCCACCAGAUCCUCGCCACCGACACCAUCUGGCGGCGCCGCUGCCGCGCAGAAUACGGAGUUUCGGAAAAUCUGCGGAGGCUGGAGACAAUGGGAAUCGCCUGCCGGGACUUGUACGUCAAGCGUGUUAAUCCUCGGUUCCGGUCGAGAAGGUUUGUCAAGUUGUUUCCUGACACUGCGCAGGUGGAUUACCGGGAUGUGUACACACGCUUGCUGCAUCCCUACAGGAACAUCCUGGGCCUAUGGCAGCCGGACAUUGGCCCCUACGGGGGGCUGCUCAACGUGGUGGUGGACGGGUUGUUCAUCAUCGGCUGGAUGUACCUCCCUCCCCACGACCCCCGUGUCAAUGACUCCAUGCGCUGCAAACCCUUGUUCCGAAUUCACCUCUGGGAAAAGAACAAGGCGGAGGUGGAAUGUAUGUAUGGCCACAAGGGCUCUCACAAGGGAGACAUACAGAUUGUGAAGAAAGACGAGUUUUCAACCAAGUGCAAUCAGACGGAUUUCCACCGGAUGUCCGGGGGGAGACAGGAGGAAUUCCGGACGUGGCUGGCAGAGGAAUGGGGCCGGACCCUGGAGGAUAUUUUCCAUGAGCACAUGCAGGAGCUGAUCCUCAUGAAAUUCAUCUACACCAGUCAGUACGAUAACUGCCUGACGUACCGCAGGAUCUACCUGCCGCCCUCCAGCCCAGAGGACCUGAUACCUCCUGGCCUCUUCAAAGGGACGUACGGAAGCCACGGCCUGGAGAUUGUCAUGCUCAGUUUCCAUGGGACCCAUGUUAAAGUAACAAAGAUUACUGGAGACCCGAAUGUCCCUGCAGGACAGCUCACACUACACAUCGACAUGACGCGGCGGGUCCAUCUACCGGACAUCGAGCACUUGCACAACUUUGACAAACUCUCUCGGAUUGUGCUGGAGAUUCACCAGCAGGUGCAGUGUGACCAGCAGAACCAGGAGCACUGCCAAGCCAGCACCCAGCACUGUUUGGACAGCUCGCAGCCUGCGUGCAAUGGUGUACAGGAGCGACAGGAGCAGGGGGUCACUGCUGCAGGGGUGGACAUGCAGAUGGAUGCAGAGGGAGCGGCUGCAGGGGAGCCUGGAACUGCAGGGCUGCCCUUCGUGCUUCCUGUGGGGGUGAUGGCUCGCAACGAGGUCUAUCCAAGGACUUGUCGCGCCUGUUUCUAUGGUACUGGGCUGAUUGCAGGCCACGGCUUCACCAGCCCUGAGAGGACGCCUGGUCUCUUCAUCCUCUUCAAUGAGCAAUGCUUCGGCUUCAUCUGGCUGGACCUGAAAUCCUUCAGCCUCUACAGUCGAAUUGAAGACUCGCUGAAGAAUGCACAAGCCCCCAUCAGAGAAGCUUUUGAGUUGAUGCUGAAGAACAUGCAAUCAUGGACGUCCUGACUAAUGUCAGCCCUUAAGGAAUGAAGCAAUCUCAGCUGCAGGGCUGCACUUCCUCCUCACAACCACUGACGCAUGCACUCUGGGAAGGAUGGUUGGGGUUUGACAUUACUAGACCCAUAUCAUGCCUCCUGCUCACCUUGGCCCCUCUCCCUCUCACCUGAGCUACUACCCGAAGUAAUCUUGUUGCAAUGGUUUUGUAAUAGUUUCUUUUAGAGGCACUUAUGUGGGCAGAGCAGAGAAUGAAGCCCAGACAGGAGGAUAGGAAGUCUCCUACCUGUAUGUUGGCAUGGCUGCCGUCAAUGGUAGCCAAGGGCAACGACUGGAAGUAACUGUAACUUUGCGCACUAACGUUUGACACUACCCUGACCUUAAGGGAAUUAAUCUUUAAUUUUGUUGCAAAUUAUUGAACAUGUUUAGUUAUAUGGUGUUUAGAAUGGAGCAGAAAGAGGAGAAUGAUCAUAUUUGACAUCUAAGAACAUAGACUGUACUUGGGCACAAUCUCUCCCUAUACACCAGCCACACGAGGCAAUGAUGCAAUAUCAGGUAAUAAAGUAUUAUUUAAAUCUUAGUUUAUAUAGUUAAGAUUGAAAGAUUUUAAUAUUUAUGUUAAGAAAAUUUAUAAAAAUUCUGUUUAUUGUUUUUGUUUGAAAGAAUUAUUUAAGUUUUAUGAUCUGAGACUUAAUUAAACUGAACUUUUGGAAAGUG